GAACAAAGACAUUUUCUCACAAGCCAUUUUCAGAAUUUAACAUUCGAUUCUUCUAAAUUCAUUCCGUCACUUAAAUGAAUUAAUAAUUUAUACGCAAUGCUCACCGACUUUGUCAAAAACUUUUGUCCUAAAAUAUUGCGAGAUGUUAAUGAGAGCGAAAAUAUCAAAAAACUCUGCCAUGACUGGUUAGAAAUUGCAUUCAACUUUUGCAUUGAUAAAAUUUUCAACAAGGAAUCAACUUCACAAAGAAUCUGGAAAUGGAUUCUUAACUUUGUAUCUCAGAAAAGAUCCAUAGAACCCUUCAUUGAAACGAAGUACAAAAGUUACUUCCAAUCACCAACAAAUUUAACAGCAACAGAAUGUGUCGACGUCUUUCGCACAAUUUACGACGAUUUCCAAAAGAUUACCUUGAAUGAAGCUUCUGAACAAUCUCUCAUCAAAACUCAAAGUGCUAACAUUUUCGAAGAAAAAAAUUCAAUUGAAAUCAACUACUUCAUCUUAAUCAUAAAUGUUCUUCUUAUUGCUAGUUUCAUGGUCGUCAUGUUUGCCAUCAAGAAAAUGAAACGAAAUUUCGAAAUUGUCAAAGUUUUACGAAUAAAAGAUACAAUUCGUAAUGGUGACAGUCAACAUGAGACUGAAAUCCUUCAAAUUUCAGCGCCAACAUUCAAUUCAUUACUUGAUGAGUUGGAAAUGACUGAAAAUUCUGUUGAAACUACAGCAGAAGCUCUUGAAGGAAGUACCGAUGGUUCAAGAAGGAUUUAUGAUACUUUACGACCGCUCGCAAUAUCGACUCCGACUUUAAAAGAUAAACGAGGAUUGACUGCAACAAAAAGAACAACGAAACGAAAAUAUUCAGAAAACUUAAAAAAUGAAGAAAAUACUUCCAAAUCGCCGUCAUCAAAUAAACCACUUACAAACAUUGAUAACCGACGAAAUUCUUUAAUUCCUGUUCGAGCUGCAAAGAAAAAGUGAACAAAAUCAAAAAGUUAUUGAAUGAAUUUAUAUUAACAUUUUAAUUUUUUAAUUUAAAUAUCUACAUUGCAAUUUAUGUUUUCUGUGUUUGACAAUAAAAUUAAAACAUUUUGCUCUCAAAAA